AUGAACGUCAGAGACGCUGGCCUAGCCUCUCACGAUGCGGACUUCAUCGUAGAAGCCUUCGACUCGACCCUCGCGCCGCUCGCGGCCAUCGGCAGCGGCGCGAUGUGGGGGUCGCAGCCCUUUAGCCAGAAAAACGGCUUCGUCGAGGAGAACCUCAAGGAUGUGGCGGCGUCGGAGAGGUACCGGACUACCGGCGAAGGCGAUGCUUUGCGAAUCUUCAUUGCUGAGAUUGAGGUUGGGUCCCCGACGGCCGCUACGGCGAGUACCCCGCACGACGCCGGGCAAGACGAGCCGGGCCUUCGGUACAGGGUCGGCAAGGACGGAAAGCGCUACGUAUCUGUCGGCGCCGCGUUCGUGCGCACGAAUUGGCUUCCGGGCCAUGUUAAGAGGCAGUUUGAUCAAGAGAAGAAGAUUCGCGACGAGUUGGAGGGGAAGAAGGACAAUUUCGUGUAUCUUGAUGUCAUCGUCACGGACUAUCGGACAGGUCGUUAUCGCAAGGGCGCUGGAGAAGCGCUUAUUCGACGGGCCAAGGAGUACGGUGUCGAGGAGGGCAUGCGGGAGCUUUAUGUUGAUGCGUGGGCUGGCAACGAGAAGAAGUUGAACAAGUUCUACGAAAGGCAGGGGUUUGUUGUCGUUGACGAUUUCAGCUUGACGCGUGCCAAUAAGCCUGCUUGGGCUGGUACGCUUAUGCGGAUGAAUUUAUCGGCUUGA